AGGGCGUUUUCUGGUUAACGAACCCUAGAGAGCAGUUCCCUUCGGCGCGGGUUUAUAUAUAGCGACAUAGCGGAUAAGUUGCGGGAAGUGGAUUAAGGGCGGAAAAAGGAGAACAGAGCAGAUCGAGAUGGAUCGGUACCGGAGGGUGGAAAAACCCAGGGAGGAAACACCUAUUAACGAUAAUGAGAUCCGCAUAACAACUCAGGGAAGGAUGCGCAGCUACAUCACUUAUGCCACUAGCCUGCUUCAGGAAAAAGAGUCAAAUGAAAUUGUUUUCAAGGCAAUGGGGAGAGCUAUUAAUAAGACUGUUGUGAUUGUGGAGCUAAUUAAGAGAAGAGUCGCUGGUCUUCAUCAAAAUACUGCAGUCGGGUCUUUAGACAUAACUGAUACAUGGGAGCCAUUAGAAGAAGGCUUACUUCCACUUGAAACGACAAGGCAUGUAUCAAUGAUCAGCAUAACCCUCUCUAAAAUGGAGCUGGAUAAGUUAUCUGCUGGAUAUCAAUCUCCUUUACCGGCAGAUCAGGUGAAACCAUCUGCUGAAUAUGAUUAUGAGGGAGAGGUUUCUCCUGCUGGUCGAGGAAGAGGCCGUGUUGGUCAUGGUAGAGGAAGGGGAAGAGAAAAUGGACCUAUGAUGGUAGAUUAUGGUGAACGGAAUUGGGACAAUAGAGAGCGUGGAUUUGGCAGGGGAGGUUGGGGACGUGGUAGAGGCCGUGGUUUCAGAGGUUGGGGCAGAGGAGGAGGCUACGGUGGUCGUUCCAAUUAUCAGCAAGACAAUGCUGUCUACAUUGAGGAUGCUACUCAUGCUCCCGUUCAGGGCCGAGGUCGAGGAGGUGGCCGACGGCAAAUUCGUCAAGGAAGGGGCCGCGAUGCGAGGUCAAAUGGUCCCAUCAAUGCAGUUGCUGGCGAAGCUUAGUAAAUCAUUGGUUGCAUGCAAGAUUUUCUUCUUUAUAAAGCCUUGGAUGCCUGCUCAGUCCAGAGUGUUCUUUCUUACUUUAGUUUUCAAUUUUUUAGAUAAAAAACUCACAGGUUAACCAUAGUCGGUUUUAAGUUGUCAGGAUAAAACCUGGUAAUAAGUUCUUAUGACUCUAUAGGAUUAGUUAGAUGUCAUCUCAUGUCUUUCCUUUAAUGUUUGAUUGUAGCAUUCAACCUGUAGAGCAGCACAUUCUUUUAUUAUUAUCAUUAUUAUUUUAUCCUUA